AAUCAAUUUCCCCCAUAUACCCUCGCAUACGUUGAGUUCAGCAUGAGUUCACCACUGCGCUCCAACAUGUCUUCCGCAAACCGUGGUGCCUCGGGCGCCAACCGCCGCAAGCGUGAUCGCGAACCAGACGACGACAUUCCCUCUUCCUCGGCGCUGCCGCCCUCCAGUCCGCCCGCUUCUUCUCCACCAGUCUUCCCUCAGGACAUCGAAGAGGACACUGUUGACCCCGAAGAGGAGGACCUCAUCGGAGAUAUCGACGAUGCGGAUGAGAUGGCCGAGGACGAGGCCGGCAUUGAUCUGUUUGCCGAUAACUUCGAGAGAGACUACCGCGACCGCGAAGAUGACGAAUAUGAUGCCCGCGAUAUUGACGACGAGGAAUAUGAUACUAUGGACAUGGCGCAACGCAGACAGUUGGAAGCCCGCCUCAACCGUCGGGACCGGGAAUUGGCUCGCCAGCGCCAAAUGCCUGCUGCGUAUCUGGACGACGAAGACGACCUUGGCACUUUGGCAAGACAACCACGCCGUCGUAGGCAUCGCUACGAUGAAGAGCAAGAUGAUGUGGACAUGGAUGGCAAUAUCAUGGAAGAAGAGCUUUCGUUGGAAGCCCUGCAGGACGUCAAGGCCGCGAGUUUGACGGACUGGGUCGCUCAACCACAUGUGCGCAAAACAAUUGCGCGCGAGUUCAAGUCUUUCCUGACUGAGUACGUUGAUGAGCCUGGAACCUCCGUUUACGGUACACGAGUCCGUACGCUUGGUGAGGUCAACGCCGAGUCUCUGGAGGUUUCUUUCGAUCACCUUGCCGAAUCCAAGGCUACUUUGGCCUAUUUCCUCGCCAACGCACCUGCAGAAGUCCUCGGAAUCUUCGAUGAGGUUGCCAUGGACGUGACGCUGCUCCACUACCCCGACUACGAACGCAUCCAUUCCGAGAUUCACGUCCGCAUCACCGAUCUUCCUAUCAACUACACCCUCCGUCAACUUCGUCAGAGCCACCUGAACUGUUUGGUCCGCGUGAGCGGUGUCGUUACUCGUCGCAGUGGUGUAUUCCCUCAGCUCAAGUACGUCAAGUUCGACUGCACUAAAUGCGGUGUAACCCUGGGGCCUUUCCCUCAGGAUUCUAGUGCCGAAGUCAAGAUUUCCUUCUGCCAAAACUGCCAGUCUAGAGGACCAUUCACGUUGAACGCGGAGAGGACUGUGUACCGCAACUACCAAAAGCUCACACUUCAGGAAUCUCCGGGCACUGUGCCAGCUGGUAGACUCCCCCGACACAGGGAGGUCAUUCUUCUGUGGGACCUCAUCGAUUCUGCCAAGCCAGGAGAGGAAGUCGACAUUACGGGUAUUUACCGCAACAACUACGACGCACAACUCAACAACAAGAACGGUUUCCCUGUAUUCGCCACAAUCCUUGAGGCGAACCACAUCAUAAAAUCUCACGAUCAACUUGCUGGAUUCCGUCUUACCGAGGAAGAUGAGCGCGAGAUCCGGGCUCUUUCGAGAGACCCUAAGAUUGUUGACAAGAUUGUCAAUUCUAUUGCACCGAGCAUUUAUGGGCACACCGACAUCAAGACUGCUGUUGCACUGUCACUGUUUGGCGGUGUUAGCAAGGUGGCCCAAGGCAAGCACGCCAUCCGUGGUGACAUUAAUAUCUUGCUCCUCGGUGACCCGGGUACUGCAAAGUCGCAGAUUCUCAAGUAUGUCGAAAAGACUGCACACAGAGCUGUUUUUGCAACCGGUCAGGGUGCCAGUGCUGUGGGUCUUACGGCGAGUGUUCGUCGUGAUCCCAUGACAUCUGAGUGGACUCUCGAAGGUGGUGCACUGGUGCUGGCAGAUAGAGGAACUUGCCUCAUCGAUGAGUUCGACAAGAUGAAUGACCAGGAUCGGACUUCGAUUCACGAAGCCAUGGAACAGCAGACAAUCUCCAUCUCCAAGGCUGGUAUUGUCACUACCCUGCAAGCUCGAUGCGCCAUCAUCGCUGCGGCCAACCCUAUCGGUGGUCGCUACAAUAGCACAAUUCCUUUCAGUCAGAACGUCGAAUUGACCGAACCCAUCCUUUCUCGUUUCGACAUUCUGUGUGUUGUGCGGGACACCGUAGAUCCAAACGAGGAUGAACGUCUCGCCAACUUCGUUGUCAACUCACACGGCCGCGCUCACCCUACCAAUGCCGCUGCCAAUCCCAACUCUAUGGAUCUCGAUGGCGACGAGCAGAGCCAGGAGGGCGAGAUCCCGCAGGAAUUGCUGAGGAAGUACAUUUUGUACGCAAGAGAAAAGUGCUCUCCCAAACUGUACCAGAUCGAUCAGGAUAAAGUGGCUCGCCUGUUUGCGGACAUGCGUCGCGAAUCUCUUGCGACAGGCGCGUACCCAAUUACUGUCCGUCAUCUUGAAGCUAUCAUGCGUACCAGCGAAGCUUUCGCGAAGAUGCGCCUAUCAGAGUACUGCAACUCGCAGGAUAUUGACCGCGCAAUCGCCGUGGCCGUUGACUCCUUCGUUGGCUCGCAAAAGGUCAGCUGCAAGAAGGCGCUGGCAAGAGCAUUCGCCAAGUACACUUUGGCACGGCCAGGUGCAGUACGGAACCCAUCUCAACGGGCGUCAGGUGUCAGGGUCGGCGCCUAGAUGGAUUGGAGCUCGGUGAUUUGAUAAAACAUAGUGUUGUGGUAUGGUGAAUGGGGUUAUUGUAUGAUUGGAUGACUAUCCUCUAUGGGUGAGCGGCGUCUAGGACGGGGUUGCUACAGUGCCGGCCUCCUUAGCCAGGUGGAUUUUUUAUGGCGAGGAUAUUUUAAGGCCACCGCGUUGCGUUGUUGUGUGGCAUUUUAUGUAGCAGUGCAAAAUCUUUAGCGAUUCAAUUUACACC